AUGAAGAGUGUGCGAAGCAGGAACGGGAGGUCGGCGAACCCUCCGGCCGACCUUACGGAGAAUGACGACUUUUCCACGGCCUCUACCGCUGCAGAGACCUCUCCUCUGCUCCAGUCCGAUGCCGAAAGGUCGCCGACCCUCCGGAGUUCAUCUCCUGGAAGCGAAUCUCCCGGAGGGGUCGCUGCCAUCAAUGAUGGGACCACGGCCACCACAGAAGCUCCCGAAAUAGGUUUCAAUAGGAUCAUGUGUAUCCUGUUGAGCAUGUGGGCCCUUAUCUUUCUCCAAGCCAGCAACAUGAGCGGCAUGACGAUGACACAGUCCGUCAUUGCCGAGGACUUGGACUCAUAUAAGGAUGCGAUGUGGUUCACUAGCUCCUACUUGAUCACCGCGGCCUCGUUGUCUCCGGUCAUCAGUCGCCUGUCCACCAUCUUUACCCCGGGCUUCAUGAUCCUCAUCUCGUCAACCUUCUUUGCUAUUGGGGCCGUGGUGACGAGUCAAGCCCGCGACUUCGCGACCUUUAUCGCGGGCAGGGUUCUGGUUGGCGUGGGCGGUGCUGGCGUCAUGACCCUCUCGCUUAUUCUCGUGCUGCAGCUGACGUCUAGGAGGCGGAGAGGCGUGUUUGUUGGCCUUGUCAAUGCCGGCUUCACAAUCGGAUUGUCGACUGGGGCGGUUGUAUACGGCGCUCUACUUCCGGCUAUUGGAUGGAGGGUGUUGUUUGGUGCACAGGCUCCCAUUGCUGUCCUUGCUGGCAUUGGGGUCUACUUGAGUAUUCCCCAUUAUGUAACCGAGACCGAGGCCAGCAAGGGAAAGUCUGUUCUGCAGAAGCUCGCUGGUAUCGACUACGCAGGCGCCUUCUUCCUUACCCUGGCCCUAGUGCUCUUCCUCUACUCCCUCUCCGGAGACAUUCAGUAUCUCCCAAUGGGCCUCUCCGCUGUGUCGCUCGUUGUUUUCCUCGCUAUUGAGCAGUUCUUUGCCCCUGACCCCGUCAUACCCAUACGCAUGCUCAAGUCCCGUGGCGUCCUGCUCACCUGCCUCGCCCAGACGGGCUUCAUGGCUGCUCGCUGGACCAUUCUCUACUACUCCCCGAUCUUUGUACUCGCUGUUCGAGGGCUAUCUCCAGCCAUAGCCGGUUCAGUCCUCAUCCCCACCAACCUCGGCUUCGGCUCUGGCGGCCUGGUUGUCGGAUGGCUGCACGUCCGCCGCGCCGGCUCGUUCUGGCUGCCGAGCAUCAUCGCCCUGGUGCUAUUCGCCUGCGCGCUCCUCGCCGUCUCGUUCGUGAGCACCGCCACGGCCCCGGCGUGGGUCUACAUCAUCGCCGUGUUCGCAAACGGGUUCUGCACGGGCUCCCUGCUCAACUACACGCUGGCGCACCUGCUCCACCUGACGAGGCCGGCCGAGCACUUCAUCGCCACGGGGCUGCUGGCGACGUUCCGCGGCUUCGCGGGCAGCUUCGGCACGGCCAUCGGCGGCGGCAUCUUUGGGCGGACGCUGGCCGCGAGCCUCGCCGCCGGGUUCAAGGAGCUCGACGACGGCCGGCCGGGAGCCAGCCCGGACAGGGCGAGGCUUAUCACGAAGCUGGUGGGGAGCCCGGCGAUGGUGUUCAACGGCCGCCUCAGCGACGCGGAGAGGGCCGUCGCCGUGAACGGGUACGAGAACGCGCUGGCGGUCUUGUAUCACGCUGCCGUGCUGUUGAGUCUUGUGUGCGUGGCUAUCCAGGCGGGGACUGGGUGGACGGCGCCGGGGCCGGAGGACGAAGAGGAAGUGGAGGAGGCGAUUAGGGUGGCUGAUGGUGAGUGGGAGGCGUAG